ACGGAGCAGCAGAGGAACAUUUUCAGCCAUCUGGACUCAGCUGAGUCACUACAGAGGAAACAAUGAGCUCAACACAGAAGGACCAACAUGGAGCGAGAAGUCAGCACUCUCAGGAGGCCGACAAACCUCACAGAAGAAUGAGAGAGAAAAAACACACCUGUGACGAGUGUGGGAUGGGUUUUACUGGGCAGGCUAAACUAAAACGUCAUCAGGUCAUCCACACUGGAGAGAGACCAUUCAGCUGUGACUUGUGUGGAAAGUCUUUUUCCUGGAAGAGUGCCCUAAAAAGACACCAACUCAUCCACAGUGGAGUUAAAGUGUACAGCUGUGAUCAAUGUGGCAAACAGUUUAUAAACAACACAUUGUUACAACGCCACGUGUUUACCCACACUGAGGGGAGACCUUAUAAAUGCGACCUGUGUGAGAAGACUUUUAAAGCUCCACGUUACCUGAGAGAACACCAACAGAUCCACACCAGAAAGAGACUCUACAAGUGCAGUUUUUGUGAGAAGCAGAGCGACACAGAUGGAUCCAGUUCUCAACACUGUUAUCACUGUGGUGGUUGGAAAGAGUUUCUCUGUGACCUUUGUGGAAAAACUUUCAGCCAUAAAAAAAACCUAAAAACACAUCAACGUAAACACACCGGAGACAAACUGAAAUACUGCAAAGAAUGUGGGGGAAGUUUCACCACAUCAAGUAGAUUAAAACGCCAUGAACUGAUUCACAGUGGGGUUAAAAAGCACCUCUGUGAUCAGUGUGGGUCAUCCUUCACCACUGCAAGUGAGCUUAAAACACACAAACGAGGCCACACAGGAGAGAAACCGUACAAGUGCAGACACUGUGACAAAAGCUUCUCACGCCCAUGUCAUUGUAACAAGCAUGAACGUACACACAUGGAAGGAAACUACAGCUGUGAUCAGUGUGAGAAGAGCUUCAGGAAUCUCAGUUCAUACUCCACACACAAACGAUCCCACGUUACUAAUAAACUGUUUCACUGUUACCAAUGUCCCAAAACAUUCACUAAAUCAUCUGCUCUGUGCAAACAUCAGCGUAAUCACUCAGGGCUGAAAUCACUCCCAUCACAGUGAAUCUGCAGAGACAGAAAGAUCCUCUUCUGGUUUCAGGGUCUGUUGGAUUUAAGUCAACCCUGCUGGUCAAGGCAGAAAUGGUUACUGAAAGCAACCACACAGACACUGUACAUGGUGGUGACCUCUCAACUACAUCUCCAGUCACUUCAUUUAGGGCAUGACCUUUUAAACAAUCAACAUGCAUCAACUCUAACAAGGUCAGACUCAAAACCCUUGAGAUCAGGCUCCACAGAGUUCAGAUAGAAUCUCCUGUAAAGAUCUGUUGAGGCAUCUAUGAAUGAAAAUGUUCUGUUACUUACAUUUUAAGCUUUUUAAGAACACUGUUCUGCUUCAGUGUUCAUGUUGAGUGGUUCGCUUUGUUCCAGCAGUUGGGUGAAGAAAUCUGUUUUCAUGUUAUCAAGUUUUUCUUUAAUGUAUUUUGAUCCAUGUGUUCUGCAGAUGUUAUUUUGUUCACAUUGUUUGUGUUAUGAAGUCUAGCAAAUAUAAAAUAAACAUUUAAAAUGUUAAACCAAGAAA